CGCUUGAAGCCAAACGUACUGUACCAGCCUUGCUUCUUUCCCACGAGGGGCAUGACGACGCCUGCUUGUGCUCUGCCAUGUGCGCGGCGGCUUUCGUGUCGUGAUGUAGCAGCCUGGUGGACCGACUCUCAGGCCAAUCGACGAAACGUGAGGCUUGGAUCACUCCUGCAACCCGAUAAUGAACAGUCCUGGCCAUCGUUACAAAUCGCGCUGGUAGUGCUGAAAAUCCUUUGGAGCUGGCAACGCGUGUGGCCCAAUCCAGUUCAUGUAACCUGGCACACUGCUCACUGGGUGCAGCGAGCGGAAGAAGCAAGUUCCCACCGCACGUUUGGAGCUCGACAGUUAAAUAGCCAGCUCGCGGGUGAAGCCCACAGGAACGCGUAGGAUCCUUCUCUCUUUUCAAAUCUCUGCAAAUCAGCGGUGCAGGGAAGUUUUUUUGUCGCCGACCAUGGACGCCAGCAAUGAGGGGGCCCAGAAGUCGCCUCUGCACGUCCGCACGUUCUCCUCAGGCUCGUCCUUUGGCGAGAGACGCUUCAGUGUAAACGGUACGCAUGACGUCAAGAGGGCCAAAAGCCGAGUUUGUCUAUUGCUUGGUUGUGCGUCGCUGCAUCGUGGCCACGACCUUCGAUAGGCAUAUCAACUUCCUCUUCGAGCUUCUUGGCAGCCUUGCAACUCACAAAUGCCCCUUGCAGAACUCAACUCCGCCAUCCACUUGCAGUUUCGCGAGUGCCAUGAGGGCCACAGGGCCCAUUCCGGUCUAGAUCCCACCCGGGCGUCCACCGGCGUGGUCUGGACGAGCGAGCGCGCCUACGAGGCGGGCUUCCUCGACGAUCCCCAGUCCUGGUCGAACUUGGGUCAGGGUGCGCCGGAGGUCGAGGACGACAUUGAGGGAUGCUUCGAGCGACCGCACACGCUGGACAUCUCCGUCAAUUCACGUGAGUAUGGCCCAACGGCAGGUAUCAAGCCGCUCCGUGAGGCCGUCGCAAACCUCUACAACGCCCAUCACCGCAAAGGCAAAACGAGCCAGUACACAUGGGAGAACGUGUGCAUCGUUCCAGGUGGCCGCGCAGGCCUUAUCCGCAUUGCUGCAGUCCUCGGCCACGCCUAUCUUGGCUUUUUCAUUCCUGACUACACCGCCUACAACGAGAUGCUGUCGCUGUUUCGAAACUUCGGGACCAUUCCAGUCCCUCUUCAUCGCGAAGACAACUACCAUAUCCAUCCACAGCGCAUCGCCGAGGAGAUUUCGCGCGGCACAUCCGUCAUCUUGACCUCGAAUCCGCGCAACCCGACCGGCCAGGUGAUUACAAACCCGGAGCUGGCCCAGAUCCAAGACAUCUGCCGCGACCGUGCGACGCUUAUCAUGGACGAGUUCUACUGCGGCUACAACUACACUUCGAACUGCGACGGCACUGUCGUUUCAUCCGCCGAAAAUGUCAUCGACGUCGACGAAGACGACGUCCUCAUCAUCGACGGGUUGACCAAGCGCUUUCGCCUUCCGGGCUGGCGUGUGGCCUGGAUCGUCGGACCUACCGCAUUCAUCAAGGCCAUCGGCAGUUGCGGCUCGUACUUGGACGGCGGUUGCAACGUACCGUUUCAGGAAGCCGCUGUGACUAUGCUCGAGCCAGGAAGGGUGCUGCAGGAGAUGCGCGCCUUGCAAAGCCAUUUCAGGGAUAAGCGAGACUACGUCGUCAAACGUCUGAGGGAGAUCGGCUUCGACAUCGAAGACAAGUACAUCCCCAACAGCACCUUCUACCUAUGGUUACGCUUGACUUGCCUCCCAGAUGCCAUCAACGACGGUCUCAACUUUUUCCAGGCAUGCUUAAAAGAAAAGGUCAUCGUAGUGCCGGGCAUCUUCUUCGACUUGAAUCCCAGCAAGAGGAGAGAUUUGUUCGACAGUCCAUGUCACCACUAUGUGCGCUUGUCGUACGGGCCCCGCUGGGACGUUCUGAAAGCAGGUCUCGAUGGCAUCGAGCGCGUGGUGAAGAAGUACUCUAAGAAGCGUGUUGCUACUUAGGUCGAUAGAUGAAUUGAUUGGUUCUAUUAUACACAAUAUUUUAGCUACUUUGAACACAAAAGAUGCACGUAGCGCGAGAGUUUUCUUUGAUCCGUCGCUGGCACGUAUCUCGCUGGGUUUGAUCGUACCUAGCAUGUCCAAUUCGUUAAUUUCGCAGGCAUGCUACUCUAGGGCA